AUGAGAUUAAAUCAUUUGUAUUACAUAUUUUUUAUAUUAAAAACAACAUGUUUAUGUGUUAAUUUGGGACCAAGCAAAAACAAUGAUGCUCUAUUUUUAAGCCCCAUCCAUAAUGCUAUAGUAAAUAUAAAUACUUUAGAAAAUUUGAAGACAAAAAGAAAAAAAAUAGUCACCCUAUUUAACAACACAAAAAGGGUAAAUACAAAAGGGAAGCAAUAUAAUUACAGAACAUAUGCAAAUGAUGAAAAAGAGGGUAAUAACCAAAAUGAUGACAGUAUUUUAAAAAAAAAACAUUCGGAAAAAGAAAUUGAACAAAGUCUAAUUCCUUUAAACAUGGAUUGGGUAAAAGUUAUGAGUCUUAUAUCAUCAAGCAGUGAUGUAAACACAACUACCCUCGCUUUUAAUGCAGCAUUAUCAGCAGUAGAAAAAAAAGGAUGUUUGACUUCAAUUAUCGAAUUAUUUGAAAUAAUGAAAAAGAAAAAUAUAAAACCAGAUCUAAUAUCCUAUAAACUUAUUUUAACAUUAUGUGAUAAAUAUCAUUUAGCAGAAUAUGCAGAAAUAUUAUUUGAUGAAAUGACUGAAUCAGAUAAUAUUAGACCAAAUUAUGAAAUUUAUUCAAUUAUGAUAAGUUGUUUUUCAAAGGUUGGCGAUGGACAUAAAGCAAUUGAAUUUUUAGAAAAAUUAAGAAAUGAUCCAUUUGUUGAAAAUUUAAAAGAAUUAAAUUCCCGGCACGAUAAAGAAAAAUCAAAUAGAUGGGAAGACACAUUUGCACAAGUUAAUCCAAAAAAUGGAGAAGAUACCCCUAAUUAUUAUAAUGCUCAAUUUAAAGAAUUAACUGAAAAAAUUAAAAAUGUUGAAAAUAAUAAUAAUAAAAUACAAUAUAGUGAAUAUGCUAAUGUUAUUUUUGCCUGUAAUAUAUCAAAUUUACAUGAACAGGGAAUAAAAUAUUUUGAAGAAUUAUUAAAUAGUACAAAAUAUAUACCUUCUACUUUUAUUUUUGAAAACAUAUUUGAUCUAUUAGGAAAAAAUGGAAAUUAUGAAAAAGCAUUAGAUUAUUAUAAUAAAAUAAAAGAUGAUCCAAAUUUUAAAAAAUAUUUAAAUGUAAAUAUUUUAAAUAAUAUUUUAAAAUCAUUAAGCUUAAGUAAUAAAAUUAAUAUUAUUGAAAAUAUAUGGAAUAAUGAAUAUGAUGAAUUAUUAUUAACACAUAAUUCAGUUUCUUAUCAAAUUAUGCUAAAUGUCUAUAAUAAUAUUGAUGAUUAUGAAAAAGCCUUUAAAUUAUUUAAAGAAAUGCAAAUGAAAAAAAUGUUAAAUAAAAAAAAUAUAUUACCAUUUGUAUAUACACUUAAUUCUUUUAAAAAUUGUGGUAUUUAUAGUUAUUCUAUAUAUGUAUUAAGAAUAGCCAAACUAAUAGGAGUUGUUGGAAAAGAUCUAUUAUUCUUAUAUAACAAUGCUAUGGUUGCUUGUGUAAAUGCAAAAAAAUAUGACGUUAUUAUUUCACUCUAUACUGAAUUAAUUGCUUUACAAGAAAAAGAUCCAUCACUUACCAUAAAUAUCAAUACCCUUAGUUUUGUUCUUUUAGCUUUUAAAGAAUUAAAAAUGAAGGAAGACUUUUCAAAUUUAAAAAAUUUAAUUUUACAAAAAAAUUAUAAAUUAACCCCACUUUGUUCAAAGGUUAUUAAUGAGGCAGAAGACCAGUAA